GUUCUUUGUUCUUUUUUAAAACUGACAGUGUGAUGUGUUUUUGUUUGUUUUUAACGGAUUGCAAAGGAGUUUCAGUGCUGUGAGUGAAAUGUGCUCGGAAAAGUAUUAGGGUACAAAACCUAAGGCAGCGAUGUCGGUGGAGGGGCAACGAUGCCUCUGUGUCGUCGUCCUGCUCAUACACACGGUCAGGGGCGCUGGUGAAGGUACAUCACCAUCACCGCUGCCACCAUCAACGGUGAAAGCGGAGCACAAUGAACUGACAGUCACCUUUCCACCACUGGACGACCUCUAUCCCCAUACGCCGGAGAAGCACUUCGCAACUGACAACAACACUGUAGUGACGUCACAGACCGGAUCGACAGCGCUUCUGCCGUGCGUGAUCCGAAAUAUUGGGGACGGAAUCGUAUCCUGGAUCAGACGGAAAGACUACCAUCUGCUGACAGUCGGGCUGACCACAUACAGCUCCGACCAGAGGUUUCAGGCCAUACACCUGCAGCAUUCUGAGGAUUGGACCCUGAAGGUCCGUUUCGUGCAGAAGCGUGACGCAGGCAUCUACGAAUGCCAGGUAUCUUCACAUCCGCCCACGAGCAUCUUCCUACGACUUGAUGUUGUUGAGGCUCGGGCGCAGAUCUCUGGACCCACGGAGAAAUAUCUCAAGCCGGGGUCAACUCUUAGGCUGCAGUGCUCCGUGGUACAGACCACUGAGGCACCUGCAUUUGUUUUCUGGUACCAUAACAGCAAGAUGAUCAACUAUGACUUCGAAAACGGCGUUAACGUCACCACGGACCCGGCACAGAGGCUGUCAGACCUCCUCAUACCAGCGGCCAGUGUCACCCACGCUGGUAACUACACCUGCGUGCCCAACAACGCUGUACCUGCCAGCAUAUACGUGCAUAUAUUCAAUGGCGAGAACCCAGCAGCUAUGCAGUCGUCGUCUCCCUCACACAUCAGCCGCAAUUUCUACAGAUUACUCUUACCAACAUUUGUAUUCAACAUCAUUCUACGGUGACGACUAUUGGCCUCAGCUGUAAUCUAAGUGUCAAUGUAAAAUGUACUCUAUUUAUUAUUAGGAACAGUUGGUUUCUACGCGGAACGAAAUGUAAUCAAGAG